AUGGCUGAUCCUCAAUACAAUUAUCCUGGUGCUGGAGGUGGGCAAGCUGGUUACAGCUACAAUGCCUAUGGUAGUACCACUGCAGCUGAUGGUGGUUCCUAUCAACCAACAGCAUACAGUCAGCAGGGUUAUGGUCAGACAUACAGCUAUGAUCAAGCAUCUUACAGUCAAACCCCAGCUGCACCUCAGGCAGCUGCACCAUCUUCAUAUGCUCAGCAACCUGGCUAUGGUCAGGCAGCUUAUGGACAAACUGUUUACAGUCAGUCAGGCCAAACAGCUCAACAGUCUUAUGGUCAAUAUGGCCAAACGUAUGGUCAGAGCUCGGAUGCUUCAGCCUAUGGCCAACAAUCUUCCUAUUCCCAGCAAGGUUAUGGGCAAGCUGCAGCUCCUCCAGCUGCUAGCAGUGGAGGAGGCGGCUACAGUCAACAAAGCUAUGGCCAGCAAAGUGGUGGCUACAGUGCCCCACCUCCUCAGCAACAACAGCAGCAGCAACCACCUCAACAGCCCAGUGGAUAUGGACAGCAGAAUUCUUAUGGGCAGCAGCCACAGCAGCAGCAAGGCAGCUAUGGUCAACAACAUAGUCAUAGUGGUGGCAGUUAUGGGGAUUAUAAUCAACAGGGUGGCUAUGGUAGUGCUCCUCAACAGCCACCACCUCAACAGUCAUCUGGUGGUUAUGGUGGACCUCCCCCAAAGAGUUAUGGAGAUAGUCGCGGUAGUAGUCGCGGUGGUGAUCGUGGUAGCUCUGGUGACCGUGGCAGUGGUGACCGUGGUGACCGCGGUAGCAGCAGUGACCGCGGUAGUGGUGGAGGCUCGGGCUAUGGCGGUGGCAGAGGAGGCUUCAACAAAAGCUAUGGUGGUGGUGGUGGUGGCGGUGGAUAUGGAGAUGGUCCCAUUAUGGAAAUGCCUGACACCGUGUUUGUGUACGGACUGAACGAAGAUGUUACUGAAGAAGCUCUAAUUCAACAUUUUGGAAGCAUUGGGGUCAUUAAGACUGAUAAAAAGACAAGCAAACCUAAAGUGUGGAUUUACAAGGACAAAGUCACCGGCAAAGGAAAAGGUGAAGCAACAGUCACUUAUGAUGAUCCUGAGAGUGCCAAAGCUGCCAUUAAUUGGUUCAAUGAGAAAGACUUCCAGGGUAGAAUCAUCAAGGUUGAAAUGGCUCAGCGUAAAGCUUGGACAGGUGGCAGAGAUGGCCGAGGUGGACGAGGUGGAGGCCGUGGCGGUGGCAGAGGUGGAUUUGGUGGUGGUAUGGGCGGUGAUAGAGGUGGUGGCGGCGGUGGUCGUCAAGGAGAUUGGACUUGUCCCAACCCUGCUUGUGGCAACAACAACUUUGGCUGGCGUAAUGCUUGUAACCUUUGCAAUGCUCCUAAAGAAGGACUUGGCUCUGCAGGACCUGGUGGACCUCCUGGUGGUCCAGGUGGUUUCCGAGGCCGAGGUGGACCCCGUGGUGGCGGUGGCCCUGGCAUGGGUGACAGAGGCAGUCGAGGUGGCAUGGGUGACAGAGGGGUGAGAGGAGGUGGUGGCAUGGGUGAUCGUGGAGGCAGAGUAGGUGGUAUGGGUGGCCGAGGAGGUGAGAGAGGUGGUUUCCGUGGUGGGCCAAGAGGAGGUGGCGGCAUGGGUGGCGAUCGUGGAGGUGGUGGACCCGGUGACAGAGGUGGCCGUGGUGGAUUUGGCAAAGACCGAGGAAGGCCUCAAGAUAGCAGAUCUGACAGACGACCAAGGCCCUACCCUUAG